AUGUUAAAUUUCGGCGGAAACGGAAGAACCAGGCUAAGCGAAAUGAACGUCCUGCAAAACGAAAUGCAGGAGAUAAACAUAAACGACAGCGGUUCGAAGAACGAUUACGACGAUAAUACAUACAAUGACGCGAGCACGUGUCACGACAGUAACAUGGUGGGCAACGAGAAUGGCUGCUUCAAAGGAGAAUUUACACCCAUUAAGAACGAUCACAGCAAUUCAUUUAGCGAGGGAACGGGUAUAACGGAGGAAGAAACAAAGGAGGAGACAAGCGAGUACGAUGAUAAGCAGCCAAAAGAAGUACUCAAUUGUGAAUACUGCAACAAGCAUGUGCACGCACAGGUGAAGACAUACACCCCUACCUUUGUCUACCUUCUCGUAAUAAUUUUGUUUCUCCUGAUAUCUUUCUUCACCAUAUUUUUAUUACCUCUUUUGUACUUAACAAUUUCCAGUAAUUUCAAUUUAGACAAUCUAGCCAAAGGUCCCUACAUAACAGCUAGCUGGGUGGAUUAUCUCGAAGACUGUGGACACAAAUCACAACUUAGAAAUAAAUUUAACAGCAUUCACAAUUUUAAAAGUAAAUAUGAUGGGUAUACAAUUAUAUGGACAGGUCAGUUUCAUCAAAUAAAGGAAGGUUUUUUUAAUAGCAAUUCUUUGUUCAUUCGAAUGGACCCUUCGGAAUAUCGUUACGACAAGCCUGAUAUCAGAGCCCUUUUCACCGACUCUCUAAUUGCACAAGUAGAAAAUUUACAAAAAAAUGACUUAAUUGAAUUUGAGUGCACUCUUAUACAGAUUAGUAAAAACAGGAACCCACAUUUGUGUAUUUUGUGGAAUGUCACUUUGAUGCAGAAGUCCGAGCAAACCAACUUCAACGUUGUCGAUUUUGUAAAGCACCUCUCCAUUUUAGACAUGAUUAACAGUAGCUCCAAUGCGAAUCCUUUUUUUAUGAGUCUUAACAAUAAGAACGGCGAGGUGAAGCGCUCGAUCAAGAUAGUGCACCUUGCGUCGGGCGGGUUAGGCGGCGGGAUGAGCGGGAUGAGCGGCGGGCUGGGUGGUCACCUCGGAAGUGACCACCUCGGGGACGGCCUCUCCAACGGGGACCUGUUCGACACUCCUAACGUGAUCCACGCGAACGACGAGUACGUCUUCAAUUUGGGGAGCGACCAAAUGAACCAUAACCCCACAGGGGUGGGAAGCGGCUCAAAUUUUCCCUUUACACAUGAUGUGAGUUCAGGUGGAAAAUUUAGUCUUCGAGAUUUUGUAACUCGGAUGGGAAACAGGAAAUCGGGAGUAGAGUUGACAGAUGACGAAGACGAAGAAGAGGAAGAAGAGGAAGAGGAGGAAGACUAUGACUACUACAGUGAGGGUGACAAUGAUUACAACUUAGAGGACGUACAUGCUCUGAAGAAUGCUUAUGGUAACGACCUGGAUGGGAAGUUCGACCCGUUUAAUCGUGUCGAGUUCCGUGCACAAGGCAAGAAGAAUGGCGCUACGAACCCACCCUUGCAUAAGUUUAAAUAUGGAGACGAUGGGGCAGGGCUCUUCAGCGAGGAGAGGGCAACGGAGUAUGAGCAGGAAGUGCACGAGGAGGGGGCGCCCAAGGGGGGGGCGGCAACAGGGGGAGCGGCAACCGGGGGAAUAACUAACAGUGAGGCCCCUAACAACAAAGCAGCGAACCACGGAUCGACUAACAAUGAAUCCCCUAACAACAAAGCAGCGAACCACGGAUCGACUAACAGUGAGGCCCCUAAGAACGAAACCACCAACAGCGGGGCAGGCGAGAAAAUCACGCAGAAGCAACCCAAUGUGGAUGGCUCCAAGGAUCCCCCCGGCGAGUGA